AACCACUUCCGUUCUUUUUGAUCGUGAAGUGUAACCAUGGCGGUCGGCAAAAAUAAGGGUGUCUCGAAAGGAGGCAAGAAAGGUUCGAAAAAGAAGGUCGUGGAUCCGUUCACGCGCAAGGAUUGGUACGAUGUGAAGGCCCCGAACAUGUUCAAGAACCGCCAGGUCGGCAAAACCUUGGUUAACCGUACCCAGGGCACGAAAAUCGCCUCGGACGGUCUGAAGGGCCGCGUGUUUGAGGUGUCGUUGGCCGACCUGCAGAACGAGCCCGAUGCGGAGAGAUCUUUCCGCAAGUUCAAGCUGGUGGCGGAGAGCGUGAACGGCCGUGAUGUCCUUACCAACUUCCACGGUAUGGCUUUGACGACCGACAAGCUGCGAUCCAUGGUCAAGAAAUGGCAAACCCUGAUCGAGUGCUCGGUCGACGUCAAGACCACCGAUGGCUUCAUGCUGCGCGUGUUCUGCAUCGGCUUCACCAUCAAGGACUCGAUGUCGCAGCGCAAGACCUGCUACGCCCAGCACUCGCAGAUCAAGAACAUUCGCGCGAAGAUGACGGCCAUCAUCAAGCGUGAAAUCACCAGCACGGAUCUGAAGGGUGUGGUGGAGAAGCUGCUGCCCGACUCGAUCGCCAAGGAUAUCGAGAAGGCGUGCCAGGUCGUGUACCCGCUGCACGAUGUCUACAUCCGCAAGGUGAAGGUGCUGAAGAAGCCGCGAUUCGAUCUGUCCAGUCUGAUGGAAUUGCACGGUGAUGGCGGCGGCAAGGCUGCUGAAGUGUCGACCGGUGCCGCUUCCGGUGUCGUCGUCGACCGUCCGGAAGGCUACGAACCGCCAGUACAGGCGUCCGUUUAAAUAUCUGCGCCGAUGCUUGUCCGGUGUUGAGGGGGUGGUCGUGAAAAAUGUCAGCCCACCAACCAUGUGCUGGAUGGUGCGGUGUGGUUUGACUACAAUCUAAUUUUCCAACAAGUAUAGGAGUGUGUUUGAAGCAGCGAGGAACGCGAAGAGAGAAAGAGAAAAGAAAUACAACCUUCGACAGCGUUGUGUACACAGGAAA